AUGUCGACCUUUCACCUAAUGAGAAAUUUCAUCGCCCUUCUGCGUACUUUGGGCUACUCGCGCUUCAUCUCGCUGGAGAACUUUCGGCGGCCCAACUUUCCGCUGAUGGCCGACAUUCUCUGCUACCUUCUUAAACGAUUUGAUUCUACGCUAGAGAUCACCGCCAAGAUCGACACUGAACAGGAGCGACUGGCUUUUGUUCGUGCCGCCUCGCAGAUAAUGGUUAGCAAAGCCCACCUGGACGUCAACACCAAGAAGCUGUACAUGGCGGACGUCAACUCGGUUCCGGAAAUGCUCAAGCUGGCCAAGCUGAUCUACGACGCCUGGCGGGCCUUGAAGGCACAAUUGGCUUCAAAAGGUGGUGGUGAAGAUCUUCGAGGAGAGGACAGUGCCGAGGACAGCGGCGUAGAAACGUCAUUUGAUCGAAAUAUGUACAACAACUUCAAGACCAACCAGCUGACGUCGGAGAUUUUGCAGAUGGGCACGCAACUGUUUGACAUUCUCGCGGAGGAGGACGCCAACAAGGCCCAGCGUCAGCAAGUGCUGGGCCGUCAAAUUGUGAUCGAGAACAUCGAGGCCAACCUCCGAGCCUCCAUUGGGCAGCUGCAGUCGGAGAUGAGCUCAAUGCAGGAGCGGAAGGAGUCGCUGGACCAGGACAGCGAAGACCUCAACCUGAAGCUAGAGCGGAAGGCCGCCGAGCUGGGCCGCAACCGGAAACGCCUGCAGACGCUCACCGCCCAGCGACCGGUCUUCAUGGACGAGCUGGAGCGCGUGGAGGCGGACAUUGGUCAGCUGUACGACGACUAUGUGAUAAACAGUCGGUGCCUCUUCUUCCUCGAGCAGAAGUUGGAGGAGUUUGAGGAGGUGGAGCGGAUGAAGAUUGAG